UUUGGACACACUUUAUCUUAUUUUUCUUGAUCAUUAUUUGACAUCCCUCUCUCUCUCUCUCUCUCUCUCUCUCUCUCUCUCUGUGAGGCGGGCGCAGAGAAACGCAGCCCAUAAUUUUGCAUCGUCUAUGGACUCCAAUUCCCAACAAACAGGGAGCGGUCCUCCAGCUAAACCUUGGGAGCAAGCUGGGACCUCAUCUUCUGGCCCUACACCUUUUAAACCACCCUCACCUGGUAGCACCAGUGAUGUAGUUGAGGCAUCGGGAACAGCAAGACCAGGUGAAAUAGUUUCCGCUGCUGAUAGGAAUACAACUGUGAACAGAAAUACUCUUGGUAGGCCUGUACCAACUAGGCCAUGGGAGCAGCAGCCUACAUAUGGAAGCACAUAUGGAGGUUAUGGCUCUGGGCUAAAUUAUAAUUCUGGAUACGGUUCUGGAAUGUAUGGCUCUUCGUAUGGUGGAAUGGGAGGGUCUUAUGGUGGCGGAUUGUAUGGAAACAAUAUGUACAGAGGUGGUUAUGGCGGGGUGUAUGGAGGUGGCAUGUAUGGUGGUGGAGGAAUGUACAAUAGUGGUUUUGGUGGUCCAAUGGGUGGUUAUGGAAUGGGCAUGGGUCCUUACGGUGAUCAAGAUCCAAAUAAUCCUUAUGGUGCUCCAUCAUCUCCUCCUGGCUUUUGGAUUUCUUUCCUUCGAGUGAUGCAAGGCGUUGUGAACUUUUUUGGCCGGAUAUCAAUUCUGAUAGACCAGAACACGCAGGCAUUUCACAUGUUCAUGACUGCAAUGCUUCAGCUCUUCGAUCGCACAGGCUUAUUGUAUGGAGAGUUGGCCAGAUUUGUUUUGAGAUUGCUGGGAAUCAAAACAAAACCCAGGAAGGUUCAAGGACCAGGACCCGAUGGACUUCCUGCUCCUCACAAUCCCCAUGGGAAUCAAAACUACCUUGAGGGGCCUAAGGGAGCUCCUAGUGGUGCAUGGGAUAAUGUAUGGGGAGAUGCUCCUAGUGGUUAAGAUGACAAUUUCCACUUUGUGCCCAUUUCGCGAUAUACGAACAAGAAUUUGAGAGCUACGUCACUGAAGUGCAGAUGGAUGCAAUGCUGCUCUUAUCUUUUGAGGUUGGGUUGCUAAAUUACAUAUAAUUGUUUGUUUGGAAUAAAAUACACACACACACUCUCUCUCUCUCUUUCUCAAGAAGCCAGCGUCUGCCAGACAGAAUAUAUGCAAAUCUUCCUUCUUAUUUUGUAAAAGUGGAAAGGGGAAGAAGAAAUCAUAAUGACCUAUAAAUGUUGGCCUGGGGAGAUGUUCGAUAAGUGGAGGUGAUGUUUUAGUAUUAUAUUUAAAUGACGUUGUAACGUCAUCUUAAGUAAAUCAAAGUGGAUAUAAAUGAUGGCUAGCUUGAGAAGCCUCGUUUUUCCGGCUA